CCGCAUUUAAAAAUGAAAAUAUCAACAAAUAAUUUUUUUAUUAUUUUCCCCUUCUUUUCAAUUUUAUUUUUUUCUUCAAUAAAUUUAAUUUUUUCUACUCCAACAACAUUUUUUGUUUCCUCUUUUAAUCAAAAUUUUGAUUGUGUUGAUUUAAGUUGCGAGACUAAUGAUUUUGGGAAGUUGGAUAUUUUUGAUGAUGAUUUGAAAUUAAUAGACAUUAGUAAUGGGAAAGUGUUGGAAAAAUGUAGUAAAUGCAAUGAUUGUACAAAUAGUGGAUAUAGUACUUGUAUGCAGCCGCUCCAUUUCAACGCUCGGAAAAAACAACUAAUUACAGAAGAGGGAACCUGUAAUUGUAUAAGCAAUGGCCCUAUGAUUUCAAAUAAUGGAGCAACAAACGUUCCAAGUAUUGAAGCGAGUAUUGAAAUUACACAAAAAUGCAAAGUUUUGGAUAUACCUAAUGGUGGUAGACAUAGGGAAAUAAAUGAACCUAAAUUGGAGAAAAAUGAAGCUUUCUACAGGCUUUGUUAUUCGUCUGCACUCCGUAAAUUGCCUGUUCCAAAAGCAACAAAUGAAGCUCUUGGAGGUUCCUCAAUUCCAUCAGUUUUGGUAACUGUUGAACAAUUUUGGAACGACAAAUAUUGGCAGAAAUUAAAACCUUAUGAUUUACAGUUAUUUUAUGUUUUUCCUGUUACUCAGAGGGAUUUUUGUGAAAAUGGAGAUAUUAUUAUACCCAAUACACACGAUUUAAUUUGGAUGAAUCAGGGGAAGGCAUCAACAUCCGGUAUGCCUAUGCUUUGCAAAUCACAUUUAGAGAUACAAAUGGAAGAUGAUCCAGAGGAUUUGGUAUAUGAAGAGAGAAUGACUGACACUCCAAAUGCUAAUUAUUAUCAUGAUGGUAACCUAGAUUUGAGAAUGCCCCAAGAAGUACAAUUUGAGAGGAAUGUUUUUGCUGGGGCAGAGAGGGUGAGGUUUUUCUAUGAGGUUACUGUGCAUUUUGAAAUUCUUUUCACUAGUUGACAUUUUGAAAUUUUUUAUUCUAUUGGACAUUUUGAAAUUCUUU